AUGGCUGCCUCGAUUGCCCGCUGCUGGACGGUGGCUGCCCGGACAUCGGUCCGCCCAGUGGCCCGGUCGGCCGUUCAGUUCCGUCCGGCCAUGCCUUCUGCGCGAGCCUUUUCUGUUUCGGCACAGUUCAACGUCCGGCGAUACACCAAGGACCACGAGUGGGUCGACCUGAACGCCGACAACACGACGGGCGUGAUUGGCAUCUCGGAGUUCGCCGCCGAGGCGCUGGGCGACGUUGUGUACGUUGAGCUGCCGGCCGAGGGCAAGGAGGUGGGCCAGGGCGAUGCGAUUGGUGCCGUCGAGUCGGUCAAGUCGGCCGCCGACAUCAAUGCGCCGAUUGCGUGCAAGGUGACGCACGUCAACACCAGCCUGGAGGAGACGCCCGGCACGAUCAACCAGACGCCCGAGGACGAUUCGGCGGGUGGCGGCUGGAUUGCCAAGGUGCAGGUGGACGAGCAGGGCGUCAAGGAGUUUGAGGAGCUGAUGAGCGCCGACGAAUACAAGGCAUUCACUGCAUCGGAGGACCACUAG